GUGUAUGUGCAUGUGUGUGUACAGGUGUGAGUUUUAGCCCUGGGGCUCAGAAGGAAGUCAGCGUCUGGACAGUGCGGCAGGCGAAGAGCAGGUCAGAGCUCUGCUAUGGGGCCCUGACUGCUAACUAUGCAGCCAAUGCACUGAGGAGUGGGGGCUCUCACUUGAAACAUAUAUAUCAAAGAAAAACGGAAAAUAACCAAGAAAAAGAAGAAAACUAAAAAAAAUACAUAGAACAAUGGUUGCUGAGGAAGUGAUCAUUACAUUGUCCGGUGGAGCGCCAUGGGGGUUUCGUCUCCAGGGAGGUGUGGAACAUCAGAAACCACUCCAGGUGGCCAAGGUACGUAAACGCAGCAAAGCAUGCAGGGCUGGGCUCCGAGAAGCUGAUGAGCUGGUAUCCAUCAAUGAGCAGCCAUGUGGAUCACUUUCCCAUGCCCAAGCCAUGAAUCUCAUUGACAGCUCCCCUGGGAUAUUAAACAUCCGAAUCAAAAGGGCACCUGCUGCUUUUCAAUCUGUAGUGCUUGUCACACGUGCGCCAUCGCCCCGUAUAGACAAAGAGUACCGUGCUGCUCUCAGAGCCAUGUCACCAACCCACUCCCACCAAACGCCUGUCCGUGAGGUCCAUCGUAGCCGUUCCUCACUAACCAGUGGUUUGACAUCCCCACCUGGUAGUGAGGCUUACUAUGGAGAGACUGAUAGCGACGCAGAUGUGGCAGGUUAUGAGAGACAGCGACGUCAGAAGCGCCGCAGCCCAAGCAAUUCAAACCCCGGAAAACCAACAGGACGAACAUCUCCAGAGGGUGGUGAGACAUCAGAGAUGAGUGGCUACGACAGUGCUCCAGAUGCACAGGUCUUCCCACGUUUGUUAGAUGGACAUGGGGGAGAUGGAGAUGGAAGGGGGGGUCUGCCAGGGGUGGCAAGAAAAGAGGUGAUUUACCAUCCACCUGGUCCAGGAAUAUGGUCAUCCCAGACUUCUACCGAGACUUCGUCCAUCAUCUCCUCAGCAGAUGACCAGGGUCCACGGGAUGGAGGACAAGAGGAGGAUAGUGGGUUUCUAGAGCCAGCCAAUGUGCCACUGGUCUCCCCUGAGAGGGCAAAGGAGGCUCUGAUGUUGAGCUCUCGUAGCCAGCUUGUGCCCAUGGUGGGUCCUGUGAACAAACCUAUUGAUGAAGAGCUUACAACAACUUACAUGGAAAAGGCCAAGCAAGCUAAACUGAACCGAGGUGACACACUGCAAGAUAAGCAAGUGAAGGAAGCAAAAAGCAAGUGUCGAACAAUUGCAUCUCUGCUGACAGACGCUCCCAACCCCCACUCCAAGGGAGUGUUGAUGUUUAAGAAGAGAAGACAGCGUUCCAAGAAGUACACCCUCACCAGCUUUGGUAGUGUUGAUGAGGACCAGUGUCAGGACUCUCAAGAAGAGGAUGGGGUAUUUCCUGGCAGUGAAUCUGAGUUUGAUGAGGAUGGCUUCUCAGCAGUUCCAGACCCAACAUGGGAUAGCGACUACCUGGAUAAGCUUGAGAAGAGGGCAACAGCAGGCACAGAAGGUCGUGGGGAUGGAGCAGAGGAUGCCCCCAGUCCAGGUUUGAGUGACACUACAGGAAAGGGUGCCCAGUUGUUUGAGCAGCAGAGAAAAAGGGUAGCUGAGCAUGCCAAAAAGGUAGAAGCAGCACAACCUCAGGCUCCCUCACAAUCUCAAACACAGGAGCAGUCUCAGAUUGCAUUGCAUCAAGCAAUGCAAGCACAAGUGCAAUCAAACCGGCAACCUCAGCAGAUACCACAACCUGGCGUUGCGACUACACAGGCUGGGUUAUCUCAAACUCGAGCUGAUACAGUCCAGGGAAUACCUAAUGGAGAUCUAUCUUAUUCUGCAGUUAGCACAGUUAGCAUGGUGAUGUCCCCUCCACAUGUGGCAUCCAAACCAACCACAGCCUCGGUUACUGUUUUGGCCAGUCCAGCACCACCAGCGGAAACACCACUACCAGAACUACCUGCAAGUAAUGUCCUAAACAGAACAGCACGUCCUUUUACUCCAGGGUUCAUCAGUAUUCGAGCUGCAACUGCCCCAGUUACUUUCAAGCCAGCUGUCACAAAGCGAAACCAGCGUCCUGCCUCAGCAGCUGUUGUGCCACCACCAUUCUCCACUGCCUCUGAACUUGCCAAUAAUCCAAAAGCAGUGACUCCACAGCUAGUACCUGGUACCCCACCAGUAUUUUCCCCACCAUACUCCAUCCCUCAAGGUCCUCUGGCUUUGUCAACAGAAGCUCGUGUUACCUUUCACCCAUCAGCCCUUUCUACCUCUGUAGAGACAAUGCAGCCAUCAUCUGCAAAAACUGGUGUUCAUCAUCCUCCAUAUGCUUCUGUGACCCCAAUAUCUUUGCCAAUGCCAACAGUCCCACAAGCAGCAGUGGUUUCAGUACCUAUUCCUCCUAUAUCUCAAAUUUCAGGCUCAGUUGACUCAGUUGUCCUGGUACCUCCACCUCAAGUGCCAGUUGCUCAGCCACCACCACAGUGUUCCAUGCCUCCUGUAGCUCAAGUAACAGUGGUCUCCCAGCCUGAAGCUGUGGCUCCAACUCCUGUUCCUGGUCAAACAGGCCGCACAGGAAUCUUACUUGAGUCUCGAAGGCGUAGUGGCAAACCGAAACCUAUGUUCAAUAUGCCAGAUGUGAAAAAGAACUCCCCUAAUCCAGAUCUUUUGUCAAUGGUGCAGAACCUGGAUGACAGGUCCAUCAGACACAAGUGUGCUCCACAACCCAAUGAAACCAUUUAUGACGAUGCAGAGGAAGAGAGAAGUGGUGAGAUUGGCAUAGGAAGGGUACCUCCUCCAGUUGCACCCAAACCUCGGGUCAUACAUGAGGCCCCGCAGAUUCUUCAGGCUGGAGGGAAGGGAGCCCAACUGUUUGCACGAAGGCAGAGCCGCAUGGGAAUGUAUGUUGUGGAUACACCACCUGAAACCCCUUACCAUCAGGAAGUAACCUUUCAUAAUGAAGCCCAACUCCAGGAACCCUCCCUAAACACUUCCAUUCCCUCUCAGUGGAAAUACUCCCCAAAUGUCCGUGCACCUCCACCAAUUGGGUACAAUCCACUUUUGGCCCCUUCUAUCCCAAUAGGACCUCAGAGGGAUACAAACAAACCAGACAGCAAGGGUAGAGAAGGCUCUCAAAGAGAAGGCAUCAAGGCUCUGGAUUUCAUGAGAAGGCAGCCCUAUCAGCUCAACUCCGCCAUGUUCAACUAUGGAGGCAGUGUCACUAAUCUAUCAGCCAUGCCUUCAUACCAGGCUCAGCAUGGUAAUUACACAACAACGAUGGUAGGCAGCUCACUGACCUCUCCUCGGCAGAUACCACUCAAGACAGCCCGUGUCUAUGAAAUCAAACGAUUUUCCACUCCCACACCAAUGUCUGCUCCUUCUCUGGCUCCCAAAGUCAUUGCACCUCGAUCAGCCACUACUCUUGGAGAGCGUUUGACUCAUUCUGGUAUGACUUCCCCACCUCCUGCAGCUUUCAAUCCAACUCCAGCACCAGUCAUUGCUCCAAACCCAACUUCACCUCCCACACAACAAGCAGGGCCUCCCAGGCUCCCAAAAUUCUCUUCACCCUCUGUUCCAAACCCUGUGCCCCCUGCAAUCCCUACACCUUAUGUUCCAGUAUCAUACACCACUGGACUUCAGACAGCCAAGCAGUUCCAGAGUGCUCCUGAGCUCAGCAUCCUUUCUUCUUUGCCCCCAAUCAAGUCCAACCCAGUUCAGGCACCUAAACCACGGUUUGUUGCCAACAAAGGAGGUGUCCAGGCCCGUGUAUGGCGACCAGCGGCAAUCUAAACAGCAACGAAUUACGACCACUAGUUGGUUGUGGACAUAAAAUAAAUCAGUGACAAUUGUUAUGAAUGCUUUUUAAAGAGAAAAUGUAGGAAUUGCAAUUUCUCAAAUGGUAUGAUGAUCGCUUUCAGUGUUGUUACAUCAAUAUUGAAGAAGAUGUCUUCAGAUGUUAGAUGACUGUUUGAACAAAACAGGUAUUCUGAAUCUGUAAUUUCUUUAUAGUUCAAAUUACUUUUCUUCUCGAUUCAUUAAAAAGGAAAAAGGCAAAUCUUUUAAAAAGCUGCCCAACGUGAAUAAUCCAAGCUCAUAAUUCAACGGUGAACAUUAGAUGAUUUGGUAAAAGGGUUAGGAGCUUUAAACUGUUUUAAAAGAAGUUUAAAAAGCCGAAACAGUCAAAUUUAUUCAAUGCAUUACAGAACUGAAAUAAUGGAUAAUGCCACUAACACUUACUUGCUAUUGCAGUUUUUCCAGUACUGAAUUAUUCUUCAAAACUUGAAAUGACCAGCUGCAGUUCUGACCACAGGAUUAAAACUGAAGACGUUGCUUGAUCUUGAACAGUAGUAGGUGGAUAAAGGUUAUUAUCAUUAAACAAAAAAAUUUGAACAAGAGACCAGUGCCUUUUAUCUCCUGUAUGUGAUAUUUAAAAGGAGAAACCAUAGUGAUAUUGCCAUCUCAUUGGAGGAUUUAAAUUAUGCAUGACCAGCUGAAAAGAGAGAAAAAAUAAAUAGAUGAGAUCAUUGUGGAUCUAUAAGCAAAGCAACAGUUUGCUCUUGCAAAGUGUCAGUGAGAUUGUGCCAAAUACCUCUGCUCACUAUAGCCAGAGAGAAUUGCUAUCUUUUUAGCCCAGGUCACAUUCAACAAGUGCCUGGGCUGUCACUGAAUGUAUACUUGUCACUGGAUAUCUUCGCUUCCAGUUGCCAUUUAGGCACACCACAGUCUCCUUAGUCUUGUUGCAGAUAUAUGUAAAUUCUUACAUUUUAUUAAACAAAUAACACAGAUGAAGGAUGUGUAUUUUAUUUUGUUUAAUUGUGAUUUAAUCUUAAGGGAUAUAAUGAUAAGUUGAUGGACUGAGAGGCAUCAGCCUUUUUUAAAAAGAGUUCAAGGAAUGAGAGUUGCUGUGGACGGAGGAUAAAAUAGAUGUAGACCAGAUUACCCAGUGGGGUCUCAGGUAGAUCAUUGCUCAUCUCCCAUUAAUUGGUGAUGAUCAAAUGUUAUAAAACUGAGAUGUCUGAAAGAUUACCUACAGUAUGAAAUCCCACAGCCUGUAGAUAUUACAAUAGAAUGGCCAGGGAAGUUUGAUUUGUGAAAUCUUGUGGUGAAUCUCAAGAUGAUGACUGAAAAAAGUGCAGCAAUUUAGCUAAUGUCUUUUCAUAAUGGUUGUGAUUAAAAAGUCAGGAUCUAAAUGGCAGUGUACUUGAAAGACUGGGUAUGUUAAUGGAAACAAGUAAGAAACAUAAAUGACUGUGCUUUUUUUCUUCUGCUGAAUUAUUGGGACAAACUUUUUUUUUUUUUUUUUUUUACUAUUUUUAACGAAUAGUUUACCUUAAAAGCUUGUUUUCAUAAUAUUAUGUCAACAAAAUCUGUGCAUAGUUAGGAUGAGGUGUAAAAUAUGAUAUGCAAGUGCUUGAAUUAAGUUAACAUUAAGUGUGAAAAUGUUUGUUAUGCUAAGUAGAUGUUUAUACUAACUAGAGGACUACACAUUUUAGAGAAAUAAAAUCAGAUCUUGA